ACACAGUAGUAAGGAAGACAUCCAGUGAGUGUGAGACACCCAGCAGCCGUCCCUCUGUGUCAGUAGGACUGAGAAGGACACAGACCCCCGUUACGGUGCCUCCAUCUCACUCACUGAUGAGAGACACAGUGACAAGAAGAUCCUGGAACUCACCAACAAGAUCAUUCAGCUGCUGACUGGAGAGGAGGGGGAGUAUAUAGAGGAACACAGGGGUCUGUACAACGACGUGAUAAUGGAGAAUCACCCGCCCACAUCACUGGAUGGGCCCAGUAACAGAGAUACCCCAGAGAGAUGUCCCCGUCCUCUGUAUUCCCAGGACUGUACAGAGGAGAAUCACAGGACCCCACAGGAGGAUCAGGUACAACGUCUGUCUGAUAUUAAAACAGAAUAUAUAGAGGGAGAAGAAGAGACGUAUGUGACUGAUAUAAAGGCAGAAGAUAUAGAGGGAAAAGAAGGGACGUAUGUGACUGAUAUAAAGGCAGAAGAUAUAGAUGGAGAAGAAGAGACGUAUGUGACUGAUAUAAAGGCAGAAGAUAUAGAGGGAAAAGAAGGGACGUAUGUGACUGAUAUAAAGGCAGAAGAUAGAGAUGGAGAAGAAGAGACGUAUGUGACUGAUAUGAAGGCAGAAGAUACAGAGGGAGAAGAAGAGACGUAUGUGACUGAUAUAAAGGCAGAAGAUAUAGAGGGAGAAGAAGACACGUAUGUGAGGGGUGAUCAGCAGUGUAAGGAGGAGGAGAUCCCUACAGAUAUCAGCACAGAUGAACACACAAGCAGGAAUAUCUCGGAAGGACAUCUAAUGUUAUCCCCGGAUUGUGAAAUAAAAGAUAAUGACAGUAGACAGGAUUCUCCAGGAGAUAAUCCCAUUACCCCAAUUAUACAUCCAGCUUUAUCAGCUGAUCCCCCUGAUCCUGGGAAAUGUUCUCCUGAUCUCUCUGAUAUUGGUGCAUUUGUUACAGCUCUAACAGUAGAUACAGUGUUUCCCUGUUCUAUAGAUGCCAAAUGUUUUACACAGAACACAAAGCCUAUUAACCCACGCACAGGUAAGGUAGGUGAAAGGCCACUGAUAUGUUCAGAGUGUGGGAAAUGUUUUACAAAGAAAUCACAACUUGUUAUACAUCAGAGAAGUCACACAGGUGAGAAGCCAUUUCCAUGUUCUGAGUGUGCGAAAUGUUUUACAAAGAAAUCACAUCUUGUUAUACAUCAGAGAAGUCACACAGGUGAGAAGCCAUUUCCAUGUUCUGAGUGUGGGAAAUGUUUUGCACUUAAAUCAUAUCUUGUUAGACAUCAGAGAAAGCACACAGGUGAGAGGCCAUUUUCUUGCUCUGAGUGCGGGAAAAGUUUUACCUGGAAAUCUAAUCUUGUUAGACAUCAGAGAGAGCACACAGGUGAGAAGCCAUUUCCAUGUUCUGAGUGUGGGAAAUGUUUUGCAUGUAAAUCAGAUCUUGUUAUACAUCACAGAAGUCACACAGGUGAAAAGCCAUUUUCUUGCUCUGAGUGUGGGAAAUGUUUUGCAUGUAAAUCAGAUCUUGUUAUACAUCACAGAAGUCACACAGGUGAGAAGCCAUUUUCUUGCUCUGAGUGCGGGAAAUGUUUUACACACAAAUCACAACUUGUUAUACAUCAGAGAAGUCACACAGGUGAGAAGCCAUUUCCAUGUUCUGAGUGUGGAAAAGGUUUUGCACACAAAUCACAUCUUGUUAGACAUCAGAGAACUCACACAGGUGAGAAGCCAUUUUCUUGCUCUGAGUGCGGGAAAUGUUUUACACAGAAAUCAGUUCUUGUUAUACAUCACAGAAGUCACACAGGUGAGAAGCCAUUUCUAUACUCCGAGAAAUAAAUCAUCUCUUGUUACACACAAUAGACAUCACUCAGGUGAGGAACCAUUUUAAUCUUCUGGAGUAUACUUAUCAUUGCCAUGCGUUGUUCUUCAAGGUUCUUAUCCUAUCUCCUAUGCUUUUUGCAAUAUACAUGUUACCACUGGGUGAAAUAAUCAGAUGUCAUGGCCUCAUCUACCACUGCUAUACAGAUGACCUGUCUUUGCUCUAGGUACUGAGAACCUAGUACCAAUCCUAAAUGGUUGUCUAGCUGAGUGUGGGUGAUGUCAGUUGGCUGUGAUUCAGUCCUGGUGAAGCAGGUCUUUAAGCUCACCACCAAAGAGCAGGGCUACAGUUCAGCUUUGCAAACCAACCAGACUUACGCUUGGGGGUUCAGAGUUACAAAAUGCUGAUUAUGUGUGGAAUCUUGGUGUCCUGGAUAGUGGAGUGACACUUAGACAUCAGUAUCUGCCACAAUCAGAUCCUCAUCUGAGGAACAUAGCCAGACUCCAACACUUUAUUCCCUCAGAAGAUCUACCUACAGUCAUACAUGUACUUGUAUCAUCACACAUAGACUACUGCAAUGUCCUCUACCUGGGUCACCAGUAAAAGAGUUGCACCGCUUGUACAGAAUGCAGCAGCCAGGCUGUUACCUAACCAGCCCGUUCCUGCCACAUAACACCCAUUCUCUGCUCCCUUCACCAGCUGCCUGUAAGAUGGUGACUCUAUUACAUUAUGGGCUAUCCCAACCCUACAUGACCAGGGUCCAUGGUACCAGAAGCAUCUUCUGCCUUGUUACUGCCCUGCUUGCUGCCAUCUGCAGAUGAAGAACUGUUACCAGCAGUACCAAGAAUCCCCAAGAAGUUCUUAGAUGUCAGAGGUGGAGACAGGGUGGGUGGCACUAGUGCUGUAGCGGGUGCUGCCGGAUGCAUUGUCUGUGGGUAAUAUUGUCCCCAAGCAGCGCUAAGGUGUCAGAGGGGAUACAGGGC